AUGCCCGAGCCCAAGUCCGGAGCCGGACGCCGUCCGCUUCGAGCCGCGGCUGACGGCGGCAGCUGCGCCCGGGAGCGCCGGCUGCCGCCCCGCCAACUCGGCGGGGCUCGGGGCUCCCGCUGGGAUCACCUGUUCCCGGCCCCCGCCGGCUCUGCGGAGCGCGCAGCCCGGACUGCGCCUCCCCCGCCGCAGCUGGCCCCCUCGCAACGGCCACUCCAGACGGGCCGCCGCCGCCGCUGCAGGCUGAGCCGCCGCCGCCGCCGCCGAGCCUGCGCCCCACACGCGCGCACACCCGCCUGGACGCCUCCGCCGCGGCCGCCCGCUCGGGCUAUCACUGCGACAGCUCGGACGGCCCCGCCUCCCACCGGGCCACGCCCUCCGGCCACGCCCACCCCGCGGCGCCGCAGCCAGGCCAAUGGCCUCGUGCGGGAGGCACCAAUGGUCCAGCUGCGCGGGGCUGGCGAGGGUGGGGGGGGAGAGCGGAGCGAGGUCAUUGGCUGCCUACAAGGGAUCCCCGUUGGGCCGCAGUCGCCCAUUGGUUACUGCCCCGCGUUCGCUGGACUGGGAGCGACCAAGACCCCCCUCCCACCACCGCCUGCCCAGCUCUGCUUGUUGGUCACUCAGAGGGGGCAGGGGACAGGGCUCGCCAGGAGGUCUCUGCCAAUCGUUGGGUGA